AUGCUGGGGUUUUGCGCCGGUUGGGCACGUCCCCGAAGCACACAUCGACGACGCUCUUUACCUUCGGACGCAUGGGCGCUGACCCCUGACCCGUUGGCUCGACAACAGCAACGCACUUCAUAUGCGGAAAGGAGCGCCGCCAAGCGUGGAUGCACCCGGUGGUUGCGAGCGGCGCAAGCUGGGGAUCCUGCAGCCUGCCCGGCGACGUCGACCUCGUUGCAGGCAAGUACGAAGCUGAUCCACACCGCUGGGGUAGAGCGAGUGUACCUCGUCCGCUGCAGCCGCGUUUGGGUCCCGCCAGCGUGCCGGACGCGUGCUGCUGGGCUGCAUCUUGCUAUGCAGCCGGUGGCAGCGUCGCCUCCCUCUGGACAAGUAACAGGGGUGACUCGCUGGGAGCCGAACGUGCUCCUCUCAGCGGUCUUCCUGGGAGCACUCGUCAUGAAUAUGGGUCUUUGGGUAUGGAAGAGGCUUUCUUUGAGGCCUACCCGCACUGAUGACGUCGUAUCUGGCCAGGAUACUGAACCGGCAUUGGAUCCCGACUACGCAGACCAGCAGCGUGCAGGUACGCGGCCAGCAGGCCUCAAGACCAGAGUCCGACAACCAGCUGAACUGGACCAGGUCUCUGGGCCAGCGGCAAGUACAGACACGCCCAGUGCAGACGACAGCGAGCGUGUCGGGCUCGGUGAGACGCUGCGUCAGCUCAACAAACGUUUACGAGAGCUCGAAACGCGGCUUGCAGAGCAACAAAAGAGCAACCAAGCGCUCGAGCGCCAGAGUCGAGAGCUCGAGCAGCGGUAUCGUGCAGAGAAAGCACGAAGGCAAGCUCUACGGAAAGAGCUUGCACAAAUCGAAACAGCCUAUCAACAAUUGGAGAAAAGACAUGAGGAGCAGAUGGCUGCCCUGCGAUCCAAAGCAGAGGCACAACUACAGGGUCUGAGGCGUACAGCCGAGAAGCGUUUGACGACGCUGCAGACGCAGCUUGAGGAGAGCAUGGUGCAGGCAAAGAAAUGGCAGAAUCGGGCACAGGUGCUUUCGGCUCAGCUGGCAUCACUUUCGGCGGAUAUGGAGUCGUUAUCGGAACGCGAACAGGAGCUUCGGGGCCAGCAUUCGGAAAAGUCACAGCGAUACGCUGCGCUUCUGCGUGCAUGGAAGCAGCUGCGUACAGACUACGAGGAGCUUCAGUCCAAACUGGACGCACGAACAGGGAUGCUAGACGCCGAGUCCGAGGAGCGCGCCCGACUCGAACGACAGAAUGCGCAGCUUCGCCAGCAGAUCCAGGCGUGGAUAGAGCAUCACCGGGCAUCCAUUCCGUUCCCGGAUGGUGCACCGAAUGACGCUGGAUCAUCAGCAGCAGCAGCAGCAGCAGCAGCAGCAGCAGCAGCAGCAGCCCCUGCGACAAGUGCUACGAAACCGGAGAAGGGGCCCUCGGAGUCGGUAGCGUCCGAGACGCCACCUGCCAGCCCCGAUGCGUCGUCGAGGAUCCCGAGGCAUCCGGGAUUCUCUGGGCCUGCAACGAGCCGCAAAAGGCGAAUCCGCGUCGAUGCAGUCGAUCACGUGCUCGAAGUGGGUUUCUUUCGGCAGGAGUUUAACGCUCCUGAUACGACAUCGUCAGCCGUCCAUCCAGACAAGGCGCAUUCGAAUGAAGGCGUAUCUGAGACCACACCACAAACGAUGGCAACGAGGCCCGCCGAGCCCCAUCCACCUACCAGUUCGAUGCGAGCAAGUGUUUCCGUCAGCGCAGCAGCAGAAGAAGCAGCAGAAGAGACACGGGAUGCGCGACCGCUCGAGGAUACGGCUAGCGAGCAAGCGAGUGGCGUCGAGAAGCAGGCCGCCGAUUGA